AUGACAGGUGUCGGGCUACUCUCCCAAAUCGUCAACAUCAGGCGCCACUGGGUCACGUUCCUGAUCGCAGGCGCCGCCGCGCGCUGCCUGCUGAGAGUACCUGUACCGUGGGUCGUACUCGACGGCCUCGAAGGCUUCACACACGCGAACCACUACUUCGACCUUCAACGACUCCCUGUCCCACACCCCGCCUUUCGACGCCUCCCACCGUUCCAGGACGACCGAGAGAAUCCUUACGAACUGGACAUCUGGGACGAAGACCUGCCCGAACUGGAAAGCCGGGAACCGGGUCUAGAUGGUGAGAAGAACCCACCAGAAAUGCCGGCUGUGUCCCAAGACACCGUGACAGGUGUCACUACAGGGAUGCUGAGAACGACAGACCAUCAGCUCCACAUAACGCACCGCUCCACACACCCUCACAGGAUGACACCGUCGCUCAACAACCCACCGCCCUCCUCCAAGGGCGUCGUGACCCAGGGGCGAGGCACUUCGACCUCGCCGUCGCGCAACCCGUGGAACGCCUCCAUGGAUGCGCUCGGGAGGCGCAGCCCUAGCUACGCGGACGUAACGUCUGGACGCGCGUCGCCAAUGAUACAUCAGGCCGACGCCGCUCCCCAGACCGAGCAGACACCGGCGGCCGAGCCUACCGUGGUCGCCGCCGCUCCGCAGGCCCAGGCUGGCUAUAACAGCGACGAGCUGCAUGUCCUCGACAUCGAAAAGGCCCUCGCGACGCCUACGGCGGACUUCCCGGACCUCCCGCGUACCCCAGUCCGCGCGGUGCGCACCGGCUUGGAUAGACGUCCGGGAUUGCACCCACAGUCCCCCGGGGCGACGUCCCCGUCGAGCCCCCUAGCAAACGCCCUGCAGAAGAAGAAGGACAAGAAAACGAACAAAGGAAAGGCGAAGAUGACCAAGCGUAAGCAGAAGCUCGCUCUGAUCGGAAUUGGCCUCCCCCCGUCCUCCCCGCCCCCGCCGUCGCCCGAGGACGAGGAUGCCGUGCCCCAGCGCAUCCCCAGUGAGCCAAGAAAACGCCGCCGCACCUCGGCGCAGCUGGGCGGCGAGAACGACGACGUUCCCGCCGAUAGCUCGCGCCUCCAGCCAUCGCCUGUCGCCGCUCCGCCCGUCGCCCACCAUCGCACCGCGAACGGAGAGGACGAGCCCGAUGUCAACCACGACCGUGGACUGGACUACGGACUGACUACCGCCUCGAUCCUGGCGGCGGGUGGCAUUGACCCGACGCUGCUGACGGAUGCCCCGCCUACCUGCCCCACCAGCUCGCUGGCCCCGCGCACCCGCCUCGACAGGAACCGCGCGCCGCAUCCUUCGCAGGGUUCUGGCGUGCCGGAACGCAACCUGCCUACCGGUCGUCGCGCCCGGUAA